AUGAAGUUUAUGCGUGCUCUGGUUGACCGGCUUUCCUCUACUGACCGCUCUGUUGUCCUCUCCGAUCCCUCGGUGGAUGCAGCAGAGCGGGUCGCAGAUGACGAUCGCCGCCAGGCCGACCAUCUCUGCGUGCUGGUCCAUGGUCUCUGGGGGAAUCCCAAGCAUCUUUCCUACCUGGCGUCAAGCCUCCGGGAAAAGUACCCGCCUUCCCAGGUCCAUCUCUUGGUUGUCAAACGAAACGCUGGCAGUUUCACGUAUGAUGGCAUUGAGGUUGGCGGGGAACGUGUCGCUCAAGAAAUUGAGGAUACAUUGGAGAACCUGGCAAGGGAUGGCCAAACCAUCAGAAAAAUCAGUGUCAUUGGUUACUCCCUCGGUGGCCUGGUGGCCAGAUAUGCGAUCGGCCUGCUGCAUUCAAAGGGUUACUUUGACAAGAUUGAACCCAUGAACUUUACAACGUUUGCUACCCCUCAUCUUGGCGUGCGUACGCCAUUGCUCGGGUUCCAUAACCAUCUCUGGAACGUACUUGGGGCUCGAACCCUGUCCGUGUCGGGCCGUCAGCUCUUCACCAUUGAUUCAUUCCGUAACACUGGGCGCCCGCUCCUCUCAGUGCUCGCUGACCCCGACAGCCUCUUUAUCCAUGCUCUUGCCAAGUUCAAAAACCGAAGCCUCUACUCGAACAUUGUCAACGAUCGUUCUGCAGUCUUCUACACCACCUGCAUUUCCCGUAUAGAUCCCUUCUCGGACCUUUCCGCGGUGAAGGUGAACUAUCUCAAGGGAUAUGAACCGGUCCUUGUAGACCCCAGCGAUCCAGUGUCCCAUAAUGAUGAUACCCAGCUCCCCACCUUUUACGGAAGGCUUGCAGGGGGGAGUCACAAACUCGUGAAAUUGUUGCCCACCUCUCUCGUUCUCUUCAUCCUGAUUCCUUUGGGCACCAUUCUCUUUCUCCUCAAUUCGGCCAUUCAAUCCGUGAGAAGUCGUCAGCGGAUCCGGCUGCAUGAGGAAUGCAAGGCUGGCAUGUUCAGCAGCUACCGCAUCCCCCUCAUUGUCGAAGAUGUCCAGAACGCCGUCGAAGAAGUCUACGAGGAUCUGAACAAUACACAAAGCCAGAAAUAUCUCCCGGCCGGGUCCGAGGAGGUCGCCUCAAGCGUAGAGACCUCUCCUUAUGCCAAAGGCAUGACGGAAGACAAGCGUUUGAUCCUGAUUGACGGUCCGCCAAAGGACUCGGAUUCGAUGAGUGUCAUCUCCGAGAAGACUGUCUCCUUGGAUGACAGCGACUCAAGCACUUUAUUAUUGAACAACAAGCCCUCGCCCAGACUGACGGAGUUUCCGACCCUUGCUCUGACCGAAGCUCAAUUCGCAAUGAUUCAAGCGCUCGAUAAUGUCGGCUUCAAGAAAUAUCCCGUGCACAUUCACAAGGUCAUGCACAGCCAUGCUGCUAUUAUUGUCCGAAUGCCCAAGAAGGGCUUUGAAGAAGGCAAAUUAGUUGCCAAGCACUGGCUCAGCGAGUUUGAGGCUUGA